UGGUAGCCAUCCCUUUAAAACCACCUUAAAUUCCCUUCUAUUCUCUUCCACCACCACCUCAUAAUAUCUUAUCAAACUUAUCUCAUCAGCCAGCCAUGGUUUGCCCUUGUGAUUGGCCGGAGCCCAUAGUCCGAGUACAGUCGUUGUCCGAAAGCGGUAAACCGAUAAUUCCCGACCGAUACAUCAAGCCGCCACUAGACCGCCCUUCGCUUGACACUAAUCCACUCGACAUAAACAUACCUUUGAUCGACCUAGCAGGCCUCAACAACGGUGAUCUCACGGUUCGUGAAGCGACGUUGAAGGAGAUAUCCGUCGCAUGUCGCGAGUGGGGAUUUUUCCAGGUGAUUAAUCAUGGGUUGAGGCCGGAAUUAGUUGAUGGAGCUAGGGAGAUAUGGCGAGAGUUUUUUCAUGAGUCUAUGGAAGUGAAGCAAAAGUAUGCUAAUUCACCGAAAACGUAUGAAGGUUAUGGAAGCAGAUUAGGGCUUCAAAAGGGUGCUAUACUUGAUUGGAGUGAUUAUUAUUUUCUUCACUAUCUUCCUUCUUCGCUAAAGGAUCACAAUAAAUGGCCUGACAAACCAACUUCUUUGAGAGAAGUUGUGGAAGAAUACUCCAAAGAAAUAGUACGUUUGGGUAGGGAUUUGCUAGAGGUAUUUUCCAUAAAUCUAGGAUUAAAAGAUGAUUAUCUUCAAAACAAGUUUGGUGGAGAUGAUAUUGGUGCUUGUUUGAGAGUCAACUUUUAUCCUAAAUGCCCACAACCUGACUUAACCCUAGGCCUUUCAUCGCAUUCUGAUCCCGGUGGCAUGACCUUUCUCCUCCCUGAUGAAGAUGUUAGCGGCCUUCAAGUCCGACGAAACGAACAAUGGAUCACAGUUAAACCGGCUCGCCACGCAAUCAUAGUAAAUAUUGGGGAUCAACUUCAGGUUUUAAGCAACGCUAUAUACAAAAGUGUAGAACACAGGGUGAUAGUGAAUCCAGACAAAGAGCGAGUGUCGUUGGCGUAUUUCUAUAAUCCGAAGAGCGAUUUGCUUAUUCAUCCGGCACCGGAGUUGGUAACACCGGAGACACCGGCUCUCUACCCCUCUAUGACUUUUGAUGAAUACAGACUUUUUAUACGGACUAGAGGCCCGCAAGGAAAAUCCCAAGUAGAGUCUUUAAAAUCACCAAAAUGACCAUGUAUGUUAUCUAGAUACGUAUAUAUGUAUGUGUAUAUGAUACUAAUCAUGUGCAGUUAUCACUUUCUUGUAACUACCUAUACAUAAAGAAUGAUUCAGAUCUUGUUAUGUCAUA